GGCAGGCGAGCCGAAGCGACCAGUGCACGCAGCGGCGCGGCGGGUCAGCCGGCGGCCAAUAGCCGGGGUGCAGCCCGCCCCGUCGCCUCCCCCUCGGGGAGACUAUAAGUCGCCCGCGGCGGCAGGGGCGCCCGCCGCCCUGUGCUUCCCAAACCUCCGGGUUUCCCGCGCCGCUCUCCGCCCUGCUCGCGUUGCCGGCCGCCGGUCCCCCGCGCACAUUCUGCCCGCCCGCUCCCUCCUGCUGUCCUCGACCCGGGGCGGACCAGGGGUCCCCGCUCUCGCGAGAAGUGCGCCGCUGCCGGGCGGCUGGGGUGCCGGAGCCCGCGCGGGCCCUCGAGGGGCCGAAGAUGGGGUGGUGCUCUGUGAAGACGCAGCUGCUGCUGCUCCUGGCGGCGCUGAUCCUCCAGCCCUGGAAUCCCUGCCUGGGUACAGACUCCGAGAAGCCCUCCAGCAUCCCCACAGAUAAAUUAUUGGUCAUAACUGUAGCAACAAAAGAAAGUGAUGGAUUCCAUCGAUUUAUGCAAUCAGCCAAAUACUUCAAUUAUACUGUGAAGGUCCUUGGUCAAGGAGAAGAGUGGAGAGGUGGUGAUGGAAUUAAUACUAUUGGAGGAGGCCAAAAAGUGAGAUUGAUGAAAGAAGUCAUGAAACAUUAUGCCAAUCAAGAGGAUCUGGUUGUCUUGUUUACUGAAUGCUUUAAUGUUAUAUUUGCUGGUGGUCCAGAAGAAGUUCUAAAAAAGUUUCAAAAGUCAAACCACAAAGUGGUCUUUGCAGCUGAUGGAAUUCUGUGGCCAGAUAAAAGACUAGCAGACAAGUAUCCCAUUGUGCACAUUGGGAAACGCUACCUGAAUUCAGGAGGAUUUAUUGGUUAUGCUCCUUAUAUCAACCACAUAGUUCAACAGUGGAAUCUCCAGGAUAAUGAUGAUGAUCAGUUAUUUUACACUAAAAUUUACAUUGAUCCACUGAAGAGGGAAACUAUUAACAUCACAUUGGAUCACAAAUGUAAAAUUUUCCAGACCUUAAAUGGAGCUGUAGAUGAAGUUGUUUUGAAAUUUGAAAAUGGAAAAGCCAGAGCUAAAAAUGUAUUUUAUGAAACAUUACCAGUGAUGAUUAAUGGAAAUGGGCCCACCAAGAUCCUCCUGAAUUAUUUUGGAAACUAUAUACCUAAUGCAUGGACACAAGAUAAUGGUUGCACUCUUUGUGAAGUGGAUACAAUUGACUUGUCUGCAAUAGAUGUCUAUCCAAAUGUAACAAUAGGUGUCUUUAUUGAGCAACCAACCCCUUUCCUACCUCGAUUUCUGAACACAUUGUUGACUCUGGAUUACCCAAAAGAAGCACUUAAAUUCUUUAUUCAUAACAAAGAAGUUUAUCAUGAAAAGGACAUCAAAGUAUUUUUUGAUAAAGCUAAACAUGAAAUCACUACUCUAAAAAUAGUAGGACCAGAAGAAAACCUAAGUCAAGCUGAAGCCAGAAACAUGGGAAUGGAUUUUUGCCGUCAGGAUGAAAACUGUGAAUAUUACUUUAGUGUGGAUGCAGAUGUUGUUUUGACAAAUCUAAGGACUUUGAAAAUUUUGAUUGAACAAAACAGGAAGAUCAUUGCUCCUCUUGUAACUCGUCAUGGAAAACUGUGGUCCAACUUCUGGGGGGCCUUGAGUCCUGAUGGAUACUAUGCUCGAUCUGAAGAUUAUGUGGAUAUUGUUCAAGGGAAUAGAGUAGGGAUAUGGAACGUCCCAUAUAUGGCUAAUGUGUACUUAAUUAAAGGAAAGACCCUCCGAUCAGAGAUGAAUGAAAGGAACUACUUUGUUCGUGAUAAACUGGAUCCUGAUAUGGCUCUUUGCCGAAAUGCUAGAGAAAUGACUUUACAAAGGGAAAAAGACUCCCCUACUCCGGAAACAUUCCAAAUGCUCAGCCCCCCAAAGGGUGUUUUUAUGUACAUUUCUAAUAGACAUGAAUUUGGAAGACUAUUAUCAACUGCUAAUUACAAUAUUUCCCAUUUUAACAAUGACCUCUGGCAGAUUUUUGAAAAUCCUGUGGACUGGAAGGAAAAGUAUAUAAACCGAGAUUACUCAAAGAUUUUCACUGAAAAUAUAGUUGAACAGCCUUGUCCAGAUGUUUUUUGGUUUCCUAUAUUUUCUGAAAAAGCCUGUGAUGAAUUGGUGGAAGAAAUGGAGCAUUAUGGCCAGUGGUCUGGAGGGAAGCAUCAUGAUAGCCGUAUAUCUGGUGGCUAUGAAAAUGUCCCAACCGAUGAUAUCCACAUGAAGCAAAUUGGCCUGGAAAAUGUAUGGCUUCAUUUUAUCCGGGAGUUUAUUGCGCCUGUCACACUGAAAGUCUUUGCAGGCUAUUAUACUAAGGGAUUUGCACUCUUGAAUUUCGUAGUAAAAUACUCCCCUGAAAGACAGCGCUCCCUUCGCCCUCAUCAUGAUGCUUCUACAUUUACCAUCAACAUUGCACUCAAUAAUGUGGGAGAAGAUUUUCAGGGAGGUGGAUGCAAAUUUCUAAGGUACAAUUGCUCUAUUGAGUCACCAAGGAAAGGCUGGAGUUUCAUGCAUCCAGGGAGACUCACCCAUCUGCAUGAAGGACUUCCUGUUAAAAACGGAACAAGAUACAUCGCUGUGUCAUUUAUAGAUCCCUAAGUUAUUUUCUUUUCAUUGAAUUGAGUUUUCUUUUGGAAUGGAUGACUGGCAUGAACAUGCCUUUGAAGUUGUCCUUGAGAAGAUGAGAGGAAUAUUUAAAUAACUUCCACAAAACAACUUCACUUUAGGCCAAACAUUUGAAAAACUUUUCCUAAAAAGAUUGUUUGAUAUUUCUAAAUGUCUGCUCUGAGCCUUAAAACACAGAUUGAAGAAGAGAAAGGAAAAAAAAAAUGUAAAAGCAAUUAUUUAUUUCUAUGCCUUAUUGUCUCUGAGAAUAAUGACAGUUUUCUGAAUUUGUGUUUUAGUUGAUUCAGGUACAGAUGUACAAGUGACAAAUGAAACUAAUAAUAUUUUCUUAUUAAAAGAGUGGGAAGAGUUUUGUUUAUCAGCAUGUAGACAAAAUGGAUAUAAAUGAAAAUUUCAAGUUUUGAAAUUCAGGAAAACUGGAGUUCUAACUGAAUUUGUAUGCAACUAAUUGCAUAAGUACUUUCUUUGGCCACCUAUAUUGGGACGUUUUUUGGUGGUUAUUGAAGGAAUAUGAGGAACAAUAUAUAAUACAAUGUUUUUCCUCAAGAAACUUAGCACAGAAUACAACUGAAGUGCAUAUCCAGUGGAAAACAUUUUUGUUUAGAUUGUUAGAUUGUUUUUUACAUUUGCCUUAGAAAUCAAGCCUUAUGGUCCUUCAGAUAAAUUUUCCAAGGUGGAUUAGAUUAAGUAGAUGUUAGAUUUAGGAAAGCUUUCAAGUCUUUUGAUUUCUUCAAAAGUACAUCAAGCAUCAACUUAAGAUCAUCAAGUGUCCUUAAGUCAAGACAGGGUCAUUUUUAAUUCUAGAAAAUGAGGAAAAGGAAAAUUUCAUUGAUAUUUAGUAGUAACACGUGAUUUUUUUUAAAUAAAACUCUAAGUACUUGAAUUUUGUAUCAGGAAAAUAAAGUUGGUGAGCCUUUGUUCUUCCCUUUUACCUUCUGUCUUCCUCCUUAUUCUUUUUUUCAGGAGGGUGAUUCACUUUUUUGUCUUCACAGCAUAGUCUCCAUUUUAUCCUUCUUACUGUUUUUUAUUACUUUUCUUUUAUCCCACUUUCAAAAAAUUCCCCGACACAAACAAUUUUGUGACUUGAUUUUUUCACCAUUAUUCUGAGUGAGGUUUAAAUAUUCUCAUUGUAGCUACUGUUUUUAAUUUAAAGGUUAAACUUGAAAACAAAGUUUUAAGUCAUGGUGCCAAAUUUCAUUUUUCUAACACUGUGUGUUAGAAAAUUAUGAAAAAUAAAAUAAUUUAAACUGUUUCUGUUCUCUUUAUUAUUGGUCAUUUAUGUUUAGAAGAGAAUGAUGGUGGAGUGGACUGAAAGAAUAUCUAGAUAGAAUAAGCUGUGAUUUUAUUUUGCUUGGUAUGUUUACUGAUAUCCAAACUAAAUGAACUCUAUUUAUUGAAUUUCUAAUUGAAUUAUAGUAUCUUCCAUUUCAGACUUACUAGGGAGUUCAUCUGAUUUAUUUCACAAGUGAGAAAAUAGACAAAACAUUUGUUUAUUUUGUAUUUAUUUAUUCAGUGGUGUUUUUCAAGUCCCUACUAUGGUCCAGGCACUGGCCCAGUCACUAAAAAUGUGGUGAACAAGAUGUUAUAAUUACUGAGAGAUGGAUUUAGGAGAUAAAGUGUUGUAAUUCUACCUUGUUUCUGCUCUUUAGUGGCACUUCAUAUCCAAUAAUUUCUACUAUCCAUCAGUUUGGUAGAAUACAUUUUAUUAAUUAUUUGUGAAUUAUACUAUUGUACUUCAAGGAUGCUCUUCUAAAUAUGUACUGCUAUGUCAUGGAUACCAACCAUUCAGAACAGACUUUGGUUAUAAAAAAUAGUUCUACUAGUGUAAGCCAGCUUAAUGUCCCUUGUGGUACACUUGACAUGAAAGACAUAAGUAGAUCCUAAUUCUUUACAUUUGUGGGUGAUGAUUUAUAGUAACUAUUUUAAUCUCAUGCCAUGUUUUCAGAAAUUGAAUGAAGGCAACCAACUGAGCAUAUUUUCUAUGUUCCCCCUCAUCCCAGGCUUCUUGAAAUGAUAUGAAGUGUACUCUUAAAAAGAACAAGUCAUGAUUAGUGAGAGUGUGACAAAUGCCCAUAGGUAGAUAAAAAAUUUGGGAGAUGGAAAACAGACAGGAUUAGAUGGAUAGAGGAAGCUGUAACCUGACACAUGUUCAGCUUUGGCAACCAAUAAUCUGUUCUCUGUUUCUGUGAGUUCAGUUUUUUUUUGUUGUUGUUUAAUUCCAUAUACAAGUGAGAACACACUUAUAUGUCUUUGUCUGAUUUACUUCACUUACUACAAUGCUCUUGAGCCUCAUCCAUGUGGUCACAAAUGGCAAUAUUCUUUUUCAUGGUUGAAUUAUAUUCCUCCUCUUGCGAAUGUGUGCACGUGUGUGUGUGUGUUUACACAUCAUAUUUUCCAUUUUCUUUAACCAUUCAUCGAUUAAUAGACACUUUAGGUUGUUUCUGUAUCUUGGCUGUUGUAAGUAAUGCUUCAGUGAACAUGGGAGUGCAAACAACUUUUGGGGGUAAUGAUUUUGUUUCCUUUGGAUAUAUUCUCAGAAGUGGAAGAUCAUAUCAUUGCAACUCUUAAUUUUUUGAGGAACUAAAAUCUUUUACUAUGAAAAUAUAUUUGUGUACUAAUUUUUAAUUUAAAGAAAGAUAAAAACAGUAGAAAGAAGCAAUCCUAUUUGUAAUUUAAUUUGAGUAAAGGAAGUGUAUUAAUGACAAUAGUAAGUAUUGGUGACUGUGGGUACAUGUAUAUGAGUGUGUGUGUUGUUUGUGUGUAUACAUAUUUUACUGAAGGGUUUAAAUGCUAAUGUUGUCUAGUUCUUAAUUGCAUAGGAAUCAAUGUGAAUAUUUUCCCUGAGUAUGGAUACUAUUUCAAUAUGUUAAUUUUGUUCCCUUUGCUUUAUUUUUGAAAAAUACUAGCACUUUAUCUUUUUUGGUAACUUACCUAACAGAUCUAGCACCUUUCUAGAGAAUAAACAUGGAAAACGA